AUGUCCCAAGUCGAGACCGUGUCCUCUUUCGUGGAGGGAGCCCCCCCUGGUGAGCUCGCAGAUGUCAUCGCAGACAUCAAGUCCCUCACCGUGUCCGACCCCGAACUCGUUUCGAGCCUCGAGCCGGCGUUCGAGAAGUACAAUGAGGAGCAGUUCAUCACAGUGAAGCUGCCCGGCAGCAGCCAGCAGGUCAUCGUCAGCUCUCACAACUCGCUGGGUAACGGUCAAUACUUUGACGUCGAGAGCUCCACGAGCUUCACCUUCGACCACAGCACACAGAAGGCCAGCAACGCGCAGAGCUACGUUCUGGAGGGCGCCAACGCCGACUUGAUCAAGUCGACGCUGAAGAGCCUCGGCCCCUACGUCAAGGAGCACUUCCCCAACGCCGCGUACGGAGUCUACCCGACCGAGAACGACUCCAAGGUCGCCGUCAUUAUCGUUUCCAACAAGUACUCUCCCAACAACUUUUGGAACGGCCGCUGGCGCUCCCUCUACAUCUACGACCCCUCCUCCGAGAGCCUCGAGGGCUCCGUCAAGGUCGACGUGCACUACUACGAAGACGGCAACGUCCGCCUGCUCACCAGCCGCCCCACACAGACGUCCGUCUCGGGCACCGGCGCCGGCAUCGUCAAGGAGAUUUCGAACUCGGAGAAGAAGUACCAGGAGGAGCUCAACAGGGGGUUCACGAAUCUGAGCGAGGGAGCGUUCAAGGGCCUGAGACGGCAGCUGCCCGUGACCAGACAGAAGAUUGAGUGGGACAAGAUCACCUCGUACCGUCUCGGACAGGACAUUGGUGGAGGCAGCGGAAGGCGAUGA